AUGUUUAUUGACUCAGAGUAUUCGUCAUUUUUAAUCAUAAAUGUCACAUUUUUCGCGGUGAAACUAUUGCAGUUUGGAUUAGUUUGGUUAGCACCAAGAACGUUUGAUACAUCAACACAUUUAUUUCUCGAACAUUAUGGGAUAACCUCGAAUCCAUGGUGGGGUAAACUUCUUUCUUGGGAUUCUAUCUUCUUUCUGAAGACAUCUUUAUGGAUGAGAAAUUCUGGAUAUUCUGCACCACAAUAUGAACAUGAAUGGGCCUUUUCGCCAAUCUGGUCAAUUAUCAUUCAAUCCUCAGAUCUUCAGCAUAUAGUACUCAAAGCCGUAUCGUUUAACCUUCUGCUUCAUUAUUUAUCCACCUGGAUAGUAUAUGCCCUUACCAAGCUAACGUUUCCUCCAUUUGGGCAAAAUGUACAAACAAAGUUGGCUCUAACGACAUCAGUUUUAUUCAUCCUGUCAAGCGCGGCAGGAUUCCUGAUUUCAGUUUACUCUGAACCCAUUGCAUUCACAUUUUCCCUCUUGGGUAUGCUUUUCAGACAAUGGUCUAUUAGCUUCGAUGUUUACGGGAAUCUACACAUGGAUAAACUAAAAUGGAUAUCUUACCUAUUGUCAUCUUUCUGUUUCGCUUUCGCAUUUCUCAACAGAUCCAAUUGUCUCUUAUUAGGGCUAUUUUAUGUUCAUGACUGUCUAAACCUUUUCAAACAGAAGAAAUGGAUUACCAGUAUUUUCUACCCCAUUCUUUCUGGAACCAUUUUAUUUGGUGUCUUCGUGUAUUUCCAUUAUUAUUUUCCAUAUGCUGCGCUAUGUCCUGAAAGAGGAGAAUGGUGUAACAGUAAAAUUUACGGUCUUCCUAUCCCGUAUCAAUCAUUGUAUUCAUAUAUUCAAUCUAAGCAUUGGAAUGUUGGGUUCCUAAAAUAUUGGACUCCUAAUAAUAUACCUAACUUCCUGUUUGGUCUUCCAAACAUCGUCAUUACUUGGAAUGCAAUAACAUAUUUUUCAUAUCAAUACCCUUCUCGAAAUAUGAAACCAUACAUAUGGAUAGCACGGAUAUUCCUUUUUAUAAUGGUGUUCCUUGCAAAUGUCCAGAUUAUUAACAGAGUGUCUUCAUUUUUACCGCUCUCUUUAUGGUAUAUUUCAGAUUCAUUGAUUAAGAAUCCCCAUGAAAUGAGAAUAGUAAAAUAUUAUGUCAUGUGGCUGUUGAUAUGGAUUCCUACUCAAACCGCACUAUUCGCAUGUUUCCUACCUCCAGCAUAG